AUGAACAAAGCCGUUUUUGCUUUAAUUGCACUCCUUGCCUUUACUGGAGUUGCCAAUGCUAUUGCAUGUGGUACAAAUGCAACUGAUAAUGGUAGUGGCACAUGCCUUUGUAAUUAAGGUUACUACGGAGACACUACAGCUGCUGCUGUAGGUGGUACUUGCACCAAAUGCGAUGGUAGCGCUACUACUGAUACCCCUGGACUUAACACAAACACUAAAUCUGGUCUUGACAAAGGCGUUUGUAACAGAUGUCCUGCUAAUUAAUACAUGACCGCUGCUGCUGGAACUAAUCUUGCUGCUACUUGCUCUGCAUGUCCUCCUAACUCCUAAUCAGCAAUCUAAACUGCUCCUGGCUUCUGUAUUUGCUACGAUACCAAUGCAGCCGUUUUGUCUUAAACUGUUAGUACCUGCGGGUGCAAGAUUGGUACAUACGGUACUGUUGCUACUACUUCUGGUGCUGCUACUGGUUGCCAAACUUGCCCUGCUGGUUCCACCACAUCUGCUUCCGGAAAGACUGCUGUCACUGAUUGUGCUUGUAACUCUACUAAUUCAGUUGCCAUUGCUGCUUCAACUGAUACUUGCAAAUGUGCUGCUAACUAUUACGGGGAUGCUACCAUUUCUGGCGGUUGUGUUGCCUGUCCUACUGGUUCUGCUGCUUCUACUCCUGGAUAAACAGCUAUUACCGGAUGCACUUGCGCUGAUGCUAAGGCUGCCACCUUAGCUGCUGGUGAUACCACCUGCAAGUGCAGAGCUGGUACUUACGGCACUGGAGUUACUUCUGGCUCUUGCAGUGACUGUACCAGCAAUACCUGGUCUACUGCUGGUGCUACUGCUGCCGCUGGCUGUAACAGUUGUGCUGCCAACUAUUAUUAGUCUUCAGCUAGUGGUGCACCUUUAACAUGUGGUGCCUGCCCUACUGAUUCUAAAUCUGCUGCUGGCUCCAAAACUGAUAUCAGUGCAUGCACUUGCAACGAUACUAAUGCAAAUACUCUCUCUUCUUCUGCCAAUACCUGCACCUGCAAGACUGGGUACACUGGUUCUGCUUCUGCUGCCUCUCCUUGUAAAGCUAAUAGUACCAAUGCUGUCGUCCUCAGUAUCUUUGGUGCUUUAUUAUCUCUAGUUGUGUUAAUUUGA